UGGCGAGCUUAAUUUAAUAGGCUUGCUUCUUUAUAUAACUUCAACUUAUUACGGCUGCCAGCAGUUGCCACCUAGCAGUGGAGGCAAUGUGCACCAAUGCUAAGCUAAAAUUGGAAAGUUUUUGGUAUGUCAGCGCUUAGAAACCAAUCAAGAUAUCAAUCCGUCAUUGGGCCAGAACCAGAACAGGAAAUAAGUCGAUAUGUCAUAUCAUCCCAGCCAGGAAAGGCAAUAAUCCCGGUUUGGUCUUACUUCUCCGCUUGUCCCCGUCUCUAGCGACCUCUCUUAUUCCCUCAAGCCUUGGCCCCUCAGAAUGGCACCCGCACGUCAAGCGCCAUUCAUAUCAAAGUGGUCCUUAAAAGCUCAGGAUCACAACGCCACUCGAGUUCGCGAUAACCAGCGUCGUCACCGCGCGCGUGUCAAAGCCCGCAUUGAAUCCCUAGAGACGGAGUUGACGCAGUCUCGACAAGAGUUGCGCAUAGCACUGGCUCGAAUCGAGGAGCUGGAGGCUCUGGUUGCCGCCCGAGAUUCCGCCGCAUAUGCCAUGAGCAGCCGUUUCAAUGACUCUGCGCCGGAACCAUUCAGCCGAUCGGAUCAAGCGAUCAUUGAACAACCGUUGCCAGCCGAAGAACCCAGACUCUUGGGCGGCGGGCUGGACAUACAAGGAUACUGUCACCGUCUUUCCAGACCCGCCAAUCAGCCCUCGGGACAGCAGCAUUAUGACCGAAGCCCGGCACCGUCACCUGUCACCAGAGCCUUAACCGAAGAUCCAACCGCAUCAUCUUCAAUUCCUGCAGAUCAAACUGCCGCCAACUCCGUCGUUUUCUCUCUCAUUGCGCAGUAUGACCACGACGGUCGACUCCCCCUCGUCGCGCCUGGCGAGUCCACCACCCUAUGCCGGGUGGCAUAUGAGAUUAUUGCUCAGCAAAACAUGGCCGGCAUAGAAAUGCUUGACGUGGAACAAUGGCUGUGGCCAGGAUUUCGGCGGGCGACAAAGCAGGGCGAGGGGUGCAGAGUUGAUACCAAGGUUCUGUAUGCAUUAAUCGAUUACAUGAGCCCCUUAUGAGGUGACAUUUCGAACAAAUAAACAAGGCGGCUCUAUUACUGUUUGUACAGCGAAUAUCUCGUGACUCAUAACUACCAUGCAGUACCCACCUGCCGGUCAUACCCACCUGCCGGUCAUACCCACCUACCGGUCA